CGGCCCGCCGCGCUCCCGCCCUGGUCCGGCCUGGCUCCCGGCUGCGCGCUCCGGCCCGGGUGCGCGCCAUGGGCAGCGGCAGCAGCCGGAGCGGCCGGGUCCCGAGGCGGCGGCGCAGCCCCGACCGGCGCCAGGCGGGCCCGGGAGAGACGGUCUCGGAGGGCGGCACGGCUGAGCAGGCCGGGGCGGCCGCGGCGCCGGAGGAGACCCGCCAUGACCCCCGCCCCGCGACGCCCCCCGGCGGCCGAGAGGAGACCCUGCGCCUGCUGGACCAGUUGCUGGCUGAGUCGGAGGCCUGGGGGGCCCAGGAGCCGACCCCGCGGAGCCCCGCCCGGCUCGCGCCCGCGGUGUCCCCUGAAAACAAGAUUAAGGACAACCCUGAAGACCACUGUGCCUCUGAAGGCUCAGACAGCAGCCACAAGAGACCCGAGGCCAUCUCCUAUGAUUACUCCGAAGAGGAGCUGAUGGCGAGCAUCGAGCAGGAGUACUGCCGCUGAGUUGAUCAGCCCUGGCCACCACUGACCAGUCCUUGCAGGCCUGUGAGCUGGGCUAGAGUCAAAGGGUACCUUUCCCGACCUGUGACCCAGCCAGAGGGGAAUCGCUUCUAGAAUACAGCUAUCUUUCCAAACUGA